GCUGCGCAGACCGUGUGCGCAGUCUCACGAAAACAAACAAAAUGAAGUCCCAAGACAGCAAAGCCCUAUGGGCUACUCAGACGGAAAAACCUAUACAUUAUACAUAUUUGAAGGAAUUCCGCGUGGAGCAGUGUUCGCUCUUCUUGCAGCAUAAGUGCACACAGCAUCGCCCUUAUACGUGUUUUCACUGGCACUUCCUCAACCAACGGCGGCGACGGCCCAUCAGGAGGCGGGAUGGCUCCUUCAACUACUCCCCAGAUGCCUAUUGCAACAAGUUCGAUGAAAACACUGGCAUCUGUCCGGACGGAGACGAGUGCCCGUAUCUCCACCGAACUGCAGGCGAUACUGAAAGAAGGUAUCAUCUUAGGUAUUACAAGACAGGAAUGUGUGUUCAUGACACAGAUUCAAGAGGGAUGUGCGUUAAAAAUGGUCCCCACUGUGCAUUUGCUCAUGGGGUAGAAGAUGUCAGACCGCCCGUGUAUGAUAUACGAGAGAUUCAAGUAUUAGAUGUGAUGGAUCACGAUAGCAUUAAUGGUUCGGGGCCCAACAAUCUCGAUAAGGAGAGAAAUAUGGUUAAUGAUGACCCCAAGUGGCAAGAUACAACUUAUGUUUUAGCAAAUUAUAAGACGGAACAGUGCAAGCGGCCACCUAGGUUGUGUCGGCAGGGUUAUGCAUGCCCUCAGUACCAUAAUUCUCGCGAUAGAAGAAGAUCACCUAAAAAAUGUAAAUAUAGGUCUACAGCAUGUCCUAACGUUAAACAUGGUGAUGAGUGGGGGGAGCCCAGUAACUGUGACAAUGGAGAUGCAUGCCAGUACUGCCACACACGAACCGAGCAACAGUUCCACCCAGAAAUUUACAAGUCGACCAAAUGCAACGAUAUUCAGCAGAAUGGCUACUGCCCUCGAGGAGCCUUCUGUGCCUUUGCUCACCAGGACCAGGAAAUGACACAAGUUAGAGAAAAUGCAGCAAGUGAAAAUUGCACUGGAACAAGUUUAGCCGACAUCCUACAGUCUGCUCUUCCUGCAGAGAACCAUGUGACACCGUCCUCCACCUCUGCUUCAAUAACUCAUUGUAAUUCUCUAAUCUCCAAAUCAAAUACUAUAACAAGCAUUAGCAAUAAUGUAGACUGUGUAUUUGGUAAUGGGAUGAACCAUCCCCCACCACCUCUAGCACCAAUUGGCAGUAAACCCCGCCACUUUAGUGGGAAUACUCUCUUGGGAGGCUCUUCAGAUGCUCUAGGCUUAAGUGGCAGCUUAGGGGGUGGAGUGAGUGGCUUAAGUAUUGGUGGUCUAAGUUCUUACCACAAAGCCCCAGGUUCAGAACGUGAGGACCGAGAGACCAACUUGAAAAAGCAAUUAGCCGCUAUCGAUAAUGACCACACCUUGGACAUGCAAGAAAAGAGUAAACGCAAACAGAGUCUUUUCUUGGCCAACAUGAUACCCAUCAGCCUUCCCAUGACCCUUCCCGUCUCCGUGCCCCACACACAGUCGUCAUCCUUCGUGUCCUCGUUACCCUCCAGCUUGUCAUCAACGGUGUCGCCCCUGGCCCCUCCAUUCUACCCCACCAGCGACACCGUGGAAUCUGUUGUUGGAAGUGCUUUAGAAGAUUUAAACCUAGAUGAGCCACUGAACAUUGCUGCAUCAUUAGAUAGAGAAUUAGAAGUGGAAAAUAAUUCUUUAAGUAAUUCUAUAUCAUCGGGUUUAGCUAGUUCAGGCUUGCUUGGGUCUAGUGCACCGGUAAAUAUUCCUGGUUCCAGCUUCCAGGAACGAUCGGGUGGCUUGCUCACUAAUCCUUCGCCAUCGUCUACUUCAUCUCCAGCUUUCCCACAUUCAUUUCUACAAUCAUCUUUACACAGAGAAAAUUCCCUAGAUCAGGGAGCAGCAGCAUUCCUAGGCACUAAUGGAGUAGGCAAAAUAAGUGGAAGUGGAGUAUUCUCUUCAAGUGGCACAAGUGGAGGCUUGUUCGACCUUAGUUCCAUGUCCCCUCACAGUCGAAAUCCACUUUGUAAUCAUUUAUCUCAAUCUCCUCUUAUGGCUCCCUUCACCACUAGCAGCAACUCCAGCACUUCUGAAAUCCAACGGCUCAGGGAGGAACUGGCCACAAACCGUGCUAAGCUCGCAUCAUGGGAGGAGGGCAUUGCUCAGGCACGGACCGCAUGCGAGGCAUGGAGACGCCAGGCCGACGACGCCAACCGGAAAUAUAAAAUGGUUGAACAAACCAAAGAGGAGUUUGUAGGUAAGAUAGCAGCUCAGCAAAAAGAAAUGGAAGAGUUACGAGCUGGACGUUUAGGACCGUAUGUACAGGCUCUCCAUCCUCACACUGACUUGGAGAAAUUGCCACUGCAUACCCUCAAGGCUUUACAAUCUCAACUUCGGCAAGAUUUAGAAUCCGUAGAAAAAGUUAUAAACAAUUAUGGAAGUAAGGGCGAGCAGUGGCCUGGGUCAGGACCCACAUGGUAAGACUGUAGUCACUUAGGCACAGUGGCCUUCGUCAGGAUCCACUGAAAAGACUGUAGUCAGCUGGUGCAGUGGAAUUGUGACACUGCACGAAAGCAUUUUUGUCGCUGCUUCUGUUCGCCGGGACAUCUUGUUACAUUUUGUAGGAAUAUUGUUUAUAGACUAUUUUUGCACAUUCAUGAUGAAAGUCAGUUUAUAAUUUAUUCUCAUUGUCUUUAUUACAAGAAUGAAAGACUUUAAAAUGUGCAUCAGUUUUCCCUUAUGAGAAAACAAGAAGAUAAAUUCCUUGACUUUGUAAAGCACUCGUGUCACCUCCCUUGCCUUGCCAUCUCUCGCAGCCAUCAACCUGCUUGGUCAGAUACUUCAGCUGUGCUCAUCACGCUACAUCAACAACAAUGCCACAACACAAAGACGUUGUCUGGUGUCCUGCCAUCGACCACCUUUCCCUCAUCAUUAAGAUCUGUCACCUUUCCUCACAUGCUUUCAUAACCCAACUGAUGACUGAGGAUCAUUUUAUUUUUAUUAUCACUAAAUAUAAUUUGUACUGUCAUAGCCCUGUGAUGGUCCUGGUCAGUGGUCAGUACUGUGAUGGUCCUGGUCAGUGGUCAGUACUGUGAUGGUCCUGGUCAGUGGUCAGUACUGUGAUGGUCCUGGUCAGUGGUCAGUAUUGUGAUGGCUCUGGUCAGUGGUCAAUACUGUGAUGGUCAUAGUCAGUGGUCAGUACUGUGAUGGUCCUGGUCAGUACUGUGAUGGUCCUGGUCAGUGGUCAGUACUGUGAUGGUCCUGGUCAGUACUGUGAUGGUCCUGGUCAGUGGUCAGUACUGUGAUGGUCCUGGUCAGUGGUCAGUACUGUGAUGGUCCUGGUCAGUGGUCAGUACUGUGAUGGUCCUGGUCAGUGGUCAGUACUGUGAUGGUCCUGGUCAGUGGUCAGUACUGUGAUGGUCCUGGUCAGUGGUCAGUACUGUGAUGGUCCUGGUCAGUGGUCAGUACUGUGAUGGUCCUGGUCAGUGGUCAGUACUGUGAUGGUCCUGGUCAGUGGUCAGUACUGUGAUGGUCCUGGUCAGUGGUCAGUACUGUGAUGGUCCUGGUCAGUGGUCAGUACUGUGAUGGUCCUGGUCAGUGGUCAGUACUGUGAUGGUCCUGGUCAGUGGUCAGUACUGUGAUGGCCCUGGUCAGUGGUCAGUACUGUGAUGGUCCUGGCCAGUGGUCAGUACUGUGAUGGUCAUGGUCAGUGGUCAGUACUGUGAUGGUCCUGGUCAGUGGUCAGUACUGUGAUGGUCCUGGCCAGUACUGUGAUGGUCCUGGUCAGUGGUCAGUACUGUGAUGGUCCUGGUCAGUACUGUGAUGGUCCUGGUCAGUGGUCAGUACUGUGAUGGUCCUGGUCAGUACUGUGAUGGUCCUGGUCAGUGGUCAGUACUGUGAUGGUCCUGGUCAGUACUGUGAUGGUCAUGGUCAGUGGUCAGUACUGUGAUGGUCCUGGUCAGUACUGUGAUGGUCCUGGUCAGUGGUCAGUACUGUGAUGGUCCUGGUCAGUGGUCAGUACUGUGAUGGUCCUGGUCAGUGGUCAGUACUGUGAUGGCCCUGGUCAGUGGUCAGUACUGUGAUGGUCCUGGUCAGUGGUCAGUAAUGUGAUGGUCCUGGUCAGUACUGUGAUGGUCCUGGUCAGUACUGUGAUGGUCCUGGUCAGUACUGUGAUGGUCCUGGUCAGUGGUCAGUACUGUGAUGGUCCUGGUCAGUGGUCAGUACUGUGAUGGUCCUGGUCAGUGUUCAGUACUGUGAUGGUCCUGGUCAGUGGUCAGUACUGUGAUGGUCCUGGUCAGUGGUCAGUACUGUGAUGGUCAUGGUCAGUGGUCAGUACUGUGAUGGUCCUGGUCAGUGGUCAGUACUGUGAUGGUCCUGGUCAGUGGUCAGUACUGUGAUGGUCCUGGUCAGUGGUCAGUACUGUGAUGGUCCUGGUCAGUACUGUGAUGGUCCUGGUCAGUACUGUGAUGGUCCUGGUCAGUACUGUGAUGGUCCUGGUCAGUGGUCAGUACUGUGAUGGUCCUGGUCAGUGGUCAGUACUGUGAUGGUCCUGGUCAGUGUUCAGUACUGUGAUGGUCCUGGUCAGUGGUCAGUACUGUGAUGGUCCUGGUCAGUGGUCAGUACUGUGAUGGUCAUGGUCAGUGGUCAGUACUGUGAUGGUCCUGGUCAGUGGUUAGUACUGUGAUGGUCCUGGUCAGUGGUUAGUACUGUGAUGGUCCUGGUCAGUGGUCAGUACUGUGAUGGUCCUGGUCAGUGGUCAGUACUGUGAUGGUCCUGGCCAGUGGUCAGUACUGUGAUGGUCCUGGCCAGUGGUCAGUACUGUGAUGGUCCUGGUCAGUGGUCAAUACUGUGAUGGUCCUGGUCAGUGGUCAGUACUGUGAUGGCCCUGGUCAGUGGUCAGUACUGUGAUGGCCCUGGUCAGUGGUCAGUACUGUGAUGGCCCUGGUCAGUGGUCAGUACUGUGAUGGUCCUGGUCAGUACUGUGAUGGCCCUGGUCAGUGGUCAGUACUGUGAUGGUCCUGGCCAGUGGUCAGUACUGUGAUGGUCCUGGCCAGUGGUCAGUACUGUGAUGGUCCUGGUCAGUGGUCAGUACUGUGAUGGCUCUGGUCAGUGGUCAGUACUGUGAUGGUCCUGGUCAGUGGUCAGUACUGUGAUGGUCCUGGUCAGUGGUCAGUACUGUGAUGGCCCUGGUCAGUGGUCAGUACUGUGAUGGCCCUGGUCAGUGGUCAGUACUGUGAUGGCCCUGGUCAGUGGUCAGUACUGUGAUGGCCCUGGUCAGUGGUCAGUACUGUGAUGGACCUGGUCAGUGGUCAGUACUGUGAUGGCCCUGGUCAGUGGUCAGUACUGUGAUGGCUCUGGUCAGUACUGUGAUGGUCCUGGUCAGUACUGUGAUGGUCCUGGUCAGUACUGUGAUGGUCCUGGUCAGUGGUCAGUACUGUGAUGGUCCUGGUCAGUGGUCAGUACUGUGAUGGCCCUGGUCAGUACUGUGAUGGCCCUGGUCAGUACUGUGAUGGCCCUGGUCAGUACUGUGAUGGCCCUGGUCAGUACUGUGAUGGCCCUGGUCAGUACUGUGAUGGCCCUGGUCAGUACUGUGAUGGCCCUGGUCAGUACUGUGAUGGCCCUGGUCAGUGGUCAGUACUGUGAUGGCCCUGGUCAGUACUGUGAUGGCCCUGGUCAGUGGUCAGUACUGUGAUGGCCCUGGUCAGUACUGUGAUGGCCCUGGUCAGUACUGUGAUGGCCCUGGUCAGUACUGUAGUGGGUGUGGUCUACUACUAAAAAUAUUUUUAACCAAAAUUCUGCACUUUUCUUUUAUCAAGUAUGCACACAGGUGAUGCAGGUAUUCCAGACACUCUCCAUAGAUGUCAUUACAUUUGUGGUGAAUAAAUUUUUCAGUUUACACAGGCCAGUCCCACUUGUAGAGUAGAUGCAUUAUGCUCAGAUCCUACCAUUCUUGUCUCUCUCUCACUCCAUGUUUUCACCAUUUUCACAUGUUUUGUUAGCCAACAGACUCAGUGUUAUUGCUCUGUGGUACAGUAUGUGGUUGUGAGUAUGUUGUUAUGUGUGCGCUUGUGCUUGUAAGCAUUAACAUACAGUUUGCCAGCACCAACAGGAAACUCGAACAUCUAAAGGAGAAAAUCACUAUGACUUGAUUUCAUAUUGUGCAGUUGAGCCCUUUUUUAAGAGUUGUCUAAAUAACAAAUAUAUGUGACAUAUUGUCAGACCUAGUCAAGAGCCCAUGUCAAAUCAUACCUUCUUGGCAUUAUAUUUAGUAUAAUAAGAAAUGUCUACUGUGAGCAAUGGGGACUUGGGCAUGUAUUUGUAAAUAUGUGCUCAAUGCAACAGUUUGUGUGAGAGGCUAACCUGGAGAAUGAUUCUAGCCCCAUUAUAAGUAGUCAUGCAGUCGAGAAAAGCAAAAUAAGUCCUAACGGAUAAUGAUUUGGCUGUAGAGGGCUGUAUAAUCGAGUCUCUCUAACAUCGGGGAGGUUUUCACCGAAAGGCAACGUAGUGAUUGAUUGACCUGUUGUGUCUUUGAAGACUCCGUUUUUUAGAGAUAAUUUUGUAUACACUUGCAGCUGUUUCAUGAAGUGGACAGUUGUUAGUCGCUGCCUAAGUUGGCACCUUCUGCCGCCGAGGUAUUCAGACGACUGAUUCAGUACAAAAACUGCAACAAUGAAAGUCUCAUUAGGGUAGAAAGAUUACUGCAUUUUUCAUGUAACGUUGUACCUUGAACUGCAUUGUGUGAAAUGUGACACAGGGGUGCCGUGACACAAAUUGACAACCUGCUCCCAUCGACCAUAGGCAUUACCUUUAAAGCUAAAAGCAAGAAUUAAAAACUGUUGCAAUAUGCAUGUAUUCUUCAUAAUACUGUAUGUGGAAAGCCUAUAUUCUGUCUCAAACAUAUCCAAAUUAAUUCAUGUAAUUCCUAGCUUAUGUCUGUUAGGAAGACAGUUUAGUUGGGGAAUGCAUGUUACAUGGGAUAUUUGUUACUUAUCAUUAACCCCUGCAUUGCACAUAGCGCCUUAAGGCACUCGACGGGUGGUGCAAAAAAAUGAUUUCAUUUAGCAAUAUUUUAAUGUUUUUUUAUGUUUUUUGCUGUUAUUUGAAAUUAGAGUUGAGUUUGUCAAUAUUUUGACAUUUUUCCCUUUUUUUCAGUUAAUGUUAAUAAUUCAUUAACCCCCGUACCAUGAAGUUGUUAGGUGAAACAGGUGCGCAGUGCAAAGGUUUAAGUUACCAGGUGACAAAUAGUGUGAACUCUACAAAUUUCAAUCAGUAAUGCUGCACGAGAUGUGUAAGGCAGAUUGGGUGAUAGCAAUACUGCACAAGAUGUACAACAUAGCCUGGAUGACAGUACGUACUGUAAUGCAGCAUGAGAUUUGUAACACAGUCUGUGUUGUAACUUAGAACGUGAAGUGUAACAGUCUUGGUGAGAGUAAUGCAGCACAAGAUGUGUGUGGCACAGGCUGGGUAACAGUAAAGCAUCAUGAGAUGUACAACAGGUUUGUAAGUGGAGCAUCGGAGCCAAGCUGUAUCACUCUGGCAUCUCUGCAUCAACAUUCCUCAUUUUAUAAAAAUGCUGCCAAGUUGCAGAUUUAAUUUUUUCCCCCAUUUUUUUUAUUGUAAUUGAAAUCAAAACCCUCAUUAGGUGAUGAGAUAAAUAUUUAUAUUUCUUAGAUUAGUACAACAAUUUUAUAUAACUUAAAUGAAGCCAUUUUUAACAAGGUGAGUGGUUGCAAGGAUCUAGGCGGCAGCAGUGUUUGACGUGUUGAUGUACAACCUUGCAGGGACUCAGCUGGUUAGGUUAUCAUUUUCUAGAUAGGCUCACAAUUGUUAAGGAUCUUUUUUAGACCAAGGAACAAAUGUUUGUCGUGUACAUUUUAGGAUUUUUCAAUUAUGUAUUGUUAAUAAUAAUGUAAUGAGCAAGUGCAGUGCAGAAUAAAAGUGGAAGUAGUCAUGUGAUUGACUUGGUUUUGAAUUCAGUAUUGUGAAGUGGCAGCCAUUGUUUAUGGUAGUGGCAGCCAUUGUUUAUGGUAGUGGCAGCCAUUGUUUAUGGUAGUGGCAGCCAUUGUUUGUGGUAGUGGCAGCCAUUGUUUAUGGUAGUGGUGGCCAUUGUUUAUGGUAGUGGUGGCCAUUGUUUAUAGUAGUGGUGCUUCAGCCACAGCUUUAAAUAAUAGUAACAAAAUAUUGUGGUAUCAAUUUAGAAAAUACCAUACAUUUAUGAUUAAAUUUUUUCCAAAUUUUCCAGCAUACACGAGGUGUCCUCCAAUAUCAGCAAAGUUAGUGCUUGACAUGGCUUACAAGUUAUUGAUAUUGCAUUGGGCAAACCUUUAAAGUUUGGGAUGAGUGUGUGCCUUAGUCUGCAGAGCAUUGUAGGUUAUGGAACAUUACUCGUGGCUUUGUUGUCACCAGCGACCCAGACUACCAUCAUUGGCUGUGUAAGACCACAUAGGCUUCAGCUAGUAAAACCCGAGCUUUUCUCGCACCAACAAAAAGUCAAGCUUAAUGUAGCUUAAUAGAGAAUAGUUAUUACUUUUUUAAUUUUAGAAAGAGCACAUUUUCAAGUUAUUAGAAACAAAGUAGCCUACAGUAGGAAUAUGAAUACAGUACUAUAUUCACUUAAAGUGUUUAUGGUUAACUCAACUGAGAUACAUUUUUCUAGUUGCACCAGUUCAGUGUCACAUUUAUAAAUUUAUAACUUGCAGCAUAAUUCCAACCUUAGAUAAGUGAACAUAUAACUAAUAACCUUUGAAUACCCAAAGGUUAUUUAUUGGCACAGAUCUAACAAGGCUGAGCCAACAAUCAAUGGGAGUUGAUAGUGGUGAUAGAGCGGUCAAGAACAUAGUGUUUUCCUCCAUGUAUCCUCCCGAGUGAGCUGUCUUUUGUUGUGGCGAGGGUGGGUUCAUGUGCACCGCCCACAGAUGGUAGGGGAUAACUCUUGCUCCCCCUCUCUUUUCUUCUGUGGUGGUGCCCCCAUACAUUGCUGUACAUUACCUGUACAUUCCCUGAUGUUUCUCAGUGGCUAUGGCUCUUUGCGGGGCAAUGCACUUCUUUGGUCUGGGGACUGUGCUAAAGCCGGACGUUCAGUGUGGCCUCGCCUGUCUAUCUAGAUGUAGGGUCAAGUAGGUAUUGUGAGGGUUGGUAUCAUUAUCAGUCCCUGGGAUGCUGUUCGACCCCUCGAUGGUUACCCAUGUAUACUGUGCCGGUUAACCAUGUGCUUGUGCCUCCCAUUGUUGGGCUCCGUGAUAGGUGGGAUGAAGGGGGGCCACUGGACUGCAAUUUUUUCUCUCUUUUCUGUUCAUGUUUUCUUUUCGCAGACUCGUGAAGUGGGCAACCAGGCCCCCAGAGUUUGAUAGUUUUGAAAGAUCGGGUUCCCUAGCUCCGGCUGUGUCGGACCCACACCAGGCAUUGUCUAAAACUACCUAUUAAGUUCUUCCUUCCUUCCCUGCCUCUUACUUGGCAGGGCUGACUUUUGUGUCCCAGGUGAUGUCUAACAAUGUUAACACUUUCGCGCUCUCGGCGCUCAAAAAAAAUCAAUACCCUAGAUGCUUUCGGCACUUCGCGCCCCUACGUGUAAGACCGAAAAAGUGUACACUCUUUUGACUGUCCUGACAAUAAUUGAA